AUGAAUGUCGCGCUCACGUCUCAAGUACCUUCGACCACCAUCGACGUCAAGAUCGUAUAUCGAACCCUCAUGGCAUGCGUAUCGGACCUUACUCAAGAUACUCUAUACACACUCUUUUCGCUCGUUGCGGAGCUCGACGAGCCAACAACGCGCAGUCUGGGCUGGCUGCGCUUGACACACGUCUGUCGCUUAUGGCGGAUGGUGGGUCAUAGUCAUAGUACGCUAUGGGCGCGCGUAUACGGAAGUUUUGCAUCUCGAGAGGCCCUGGUCGCUGCGCGUGCGCGUGCACGCAAAGUACCGCUGAAAGUCACCGUGCCCAAGGGUCUGACUAAGAAGGACGAAGAUAUACUUGCGGAUAACAUUCUUCGAGAUUUCGCCCUCAUCGAAACAUUAUCCGUGCGGAGAAUCUCGCGAUCGUGGACUCAGCUCGUGGUACAGGCGCGUCACCUACCGCAGCUCCGCCAACUCAUCAUCGACGACAACGACACUCCUGAGCGCGAAGCCAUGUCGAAAAGGAUGUCCGAGGUCCAGCAAACAGGCUUGUCCUCCGAGCGCAUAUACGCGCCAAAGCUCGAGAACCUGCGCUUGCAGGGCGGUCGUCCGAUCCCAUUUGUCGCACCUGCGCUCACUACACUGGUUAUCUCUAAACAUGUCACAACCCAGUGGAUGUUACUUGACAUCCUUUACGAAUGCUCCUCACUGGAAACAAUCACCAUCGACUAUAUAUUUGUGAUGCCCUUGCCCUCGAUCGAAACCCACAAGACCAUCGAAUUGCCGUGCUUGCGCUCUUUCAAACUCCUACUUCACCCCGUUUUUCACGGUCUCCUACACCGAGAGAUUCAGGACUUCCGUCGCAAAAUUCAACUCCCUGCUGGAGCGUGGAGAUUGAGAUGGCCGGCUAGUUCGAGGUCCACUGCACGCUCCUGA